AUGAUCAGAGGGAGGCCAGAUGAUCUGCACAACGCGCACGCCACUGUUUCUCGUCCGCAAAGGCAGCAUCGGAGUGCUCUCCCCAGCCCCGCGCCCCCCGGCUUGCCCGAUCGUUUCCGGAUGUUUCGCAGCUGCGAGUGGGAGGUCCUGGAGCGAUCUCUCAAUAUCCUCCAGGCCAGCGACUUCUACUGGGGCCCCUUGUCCGUGGGGGAGGCUCACGCCAAGCUCCAGCAGGAGCCUGUUGGCACCUAUUUGGUGCGGGACAGCUCGCAGGGAAACUGCUUGUUCAGCCUGAGCGUGCGGAUGCCGACAGGGCCCGUCAGCCUCCGAAUCUCUUUCCAGGAGGGAUAUUUCCGCCUGAAGAACUGGUUUUCAGACUGUGUGGUCCGGCUGCUGGAGCUGGUGGUGGCAGGGACCCGGAACAACCCCUUGCACUUUGAUGAGAUGGGGGGCACCCCUCUGGUCUUCUCUGAGCCCCUGUGCCGGAGUCGCCGGGCAGUGCCCACGCUGCGAGAACUGUGCUGCCGGAGCUUGCCCGCUGGCACCGUGGUGGGGGACACAGCAGGGCUGGGGGGCUCCUUGGGGAUGCGCCCGAGGGAGGAGAUGGUCUCACCCCCGGGUGGAAGGGGGGGGUCGGAGGGUAGCGUUAUCCCCAGCCCCUCUCUGUCCUGGGCCGGGAGAUGA